UUGCUUUCUAGUCAUAUAGAAGUGGUGCAAAUAUCGAUAUUUUCUGCAGAGUACAAAUAGACUUGUUUCUGUUCAAUACUAAAUAAAUAAUUUUUGUACUUGGAAAUUUUAAUUUAUCAUGAAGUACCUCAUAAUAAUGAGCACGUUGAUGAUUGCUGGCACAUUGUGUGAUGUAAGAGUGCCAAGACAAGCUCAACAACAUCAACAACCACAAAAACAAAAUUAUCAAGAGCCCGUUGUAAACUAUCGUCCACUAAAUCAAGCACCAGCUGGUAUUCAACAACUUUUGCAAUUGCAACAAGCCAGAGAACCCUUGAUUCAUAUUCCAGCUCAACCAGCUCCUAACUUUGGUGCAACUCCAUCACAGCCUCAGCAUGCUACUCCAUAUGGUCAGCCAUCACAGUCACAGUAUAAUCCAUUACCAGCACCAGCACCACCACAUCAACAACAACAGCCACAAUACAAUCCAGCACCUCUUCAACAACAACAACAACAACAACAACCACUAUAUAAUCCAGCACCUCUGCUACAACAGCAACAACAACAACAACCCUAUCGACCACAAUAUAGUCAGCAACAAUUACAACAACAGCCACAACAACCACAAUACCAAGGUUAAAUUUUGAUAUAACAUAAUAUGUGAAAGAUCUUGAAAUACAUUUUUAUUUUCCAUUAAAUUUUGACAACUAAAUUGAGUAUAUAUAUAUUAUAAUCUGCUAAUUUUAUAUUUUAUCUAUAUAUACAUUAUAUAUAAAUGUGUAUCGUUGAAAAAAAAAAAAACCAGGUAAUUUUAUAUCGUGUGUAAAUUCAAUACAACGAAACAGAAAACCA